AUGCUGCAGCCAAAGCAAGAAAAUAUGCUUGGACGUCCUGGUGGGACUUUAGGUAUAGGAGGAUUGCCAGGUGGAGGAGCUGGUGUGUCUGGUGUUGGACUUGGUGGACUACCUGGUGGAGGUCUUGGGAUUGGUGGACAACCUGGAGGUGGAGUUGGAGGGCUACCUGGAGGUGGAUUUGGUGGAUUACCUGGUGGAGGAGCUGGUGGGCUGCCCGGUGGAGUUGGUGGUCUUCCUAGCGGUGGUGCUGGAGGACUCCCUGGCUCUGGAAUUGGAUAUGCAGAGGCAAAAGCUCGUAAAUAUGGUCUACUUGGUGGAGGUGCUGGUUUAGGCCCAGGCACUGGAUUAGCUGCAGGUAUUCCAGGUGGAUUACCAGGCACUGGUGUCAGACCAUUUGGGGCAGGGAUUAUACCAGGAACUGGGGCUGGACAAGAAGGUGUCCCUGGUGUGGGCUUUGGUCCAGGAGGUGUACCCGGUGGUGGGCUUGGACCUGGUAGUGUUCCUGGAAGUGCAUUUGGACAUGGAGGAUACGCUGGGGCCAAAGCUCGCAAAUAUGGGAUAACUAGUGGAGCUGGUGGAACAGGAUUGCCUGGAGGAGGUACUGGAACAUUGUCAGGUGUUGGAGCUGCUGGAGGAACACCAGGUGGAGGAAUUGGACCUGGGGGGGCACCAAUUGAUGGUUAUGGACCAGGAGGAGCACCAAUCAGUGGCUACGGACCUGGAGGGGCACCUGUAGGUGGUUAUGGGCCAGGAGGGGUACCUGCUGGAGGAUAUGGACCUGGGUCUGGAGCAUAUCCAGGUGGAUCAAAGGCCCUAAAAUAUGGUAGGAUAUUUUAA